UGUCCCUGACGACAUUUUGCGAAAAUCACCUCCCCUUUCUCCCGACAAACUGCGCAGCCCUCCCUCCGUCUGCUUCUCUGCUCCGUCGCCUCGCCACGCGCCGGCCGCCUGCUCCGUCGCCUCGCCGCAUGUCGGCCGCCUUUUCCCCCUCGUCUCGCCGCUUCUCUGCGUCCGCACUAGGAGAUCAAGAGGGAAGGGAUCUCCUUUUCUGUAAAGCUCGUGCCUUGCCGGCUGCGUCGGCGGCGCUCGAUGACCCGCUCCUCGUUCUCGAGCACCCCCUCCAGACCUCGAGCUCCGGCGGCGGCGCUCGAUGGCCCGCUCCUCGUCCUCGAGCACCUCCUCCAGACCUCGAGCUCCGGCGGCGGUGGCAUGGGAGAGACGACCAGGGCAUGGGGAAGACGAAGACUUGCUCCAGCAGCUCAUCUUGCUCCUCGAGCUGGUGGGCUGAUGAUGGAGGACCUGCACUCUUGGCUCCACCAGCGCCGCCGCUGCCGCUUCUGCUUCUGCUCCCCGCUCGCCCACAGCGCAGAGAUUGGAGGAGGAAUGGAGUAUUGCGGAGGAAUGGAGGCUGCUUCUUUUGGUGCAGAUUCAUCCCAAGAAGCCAUUUACUAGCUCACUGCACAAGCAGUACAACAAGGACAAGUAGCCUUUGCAAGUUUGUCGCCAGUUGCAUUAGUACUCAGACCUUUGUGAGAGAUAUGGAGGGCAGAGAUGAUGUCAAAUCAGAUGAGAUCCUCCUGCCUGGGUUCCGGUUCCAUCCUACCGACGAAGAGCUGGUUAGUUUCUACCUCAAGAAGAAGAUCCAGCAGAAGCCCAUCUCCAUUGAGCUCAUCAGGCAGCAGGACAUCUACAAGUUUGAUCCAUGGGACCUCCCAAAGCUUGCUAGCACCAGCAGUGAGACAGAGUGGUACUUCUACUGCCCAAGGGACCGGAAAUAUCGCAAAAGCACGAGGCCAAACCGGGUCACAGCAACUGGGUUCUGGAAAGCCACAGGAACAGAUAGGCCGAUUUACUCCUCUGAGGGCACCAGGUGUGUAGGCCUGAAGAAGUCCCUUGUCUUCUACAAAGGCAGAGCGGCAAGAGGGAUCAAAACCGACUGGAUGAUGCAUGAGUUCAGGCUUCCUUCGCUCACCGAUCCAUCACUUCCCAAGAGACCGAUCGACAAGAACAUCCCGCUUAAUGACUCUUGGACCAUAUGCAGAAUUUUCAAGAAGACCAGUUCGAUGGCGGCGCAACGGGCGCUGUCUCAUGCUUGGGGGGCUACAUUGCCUGGGGCACCUGAGCAACAACAUCUCCUCUCCGCCAUGCAACCGGUGCAAGCUUCACAUUUUGCUUCAGAGAGCUCCACAUCCUCAUUGCAAGUUGCAGCAGUGGCACCAUCAAAUCAUUUCAUCAGUUUCAAUUGUGGUCCAUCUCAGCAAGUCCUCAAAGGUCCCAUCAUCUUGCCAUUCCAAACACAGGCGCCAUCAGGCAAGACCAUGCGCACUGUGCCACCACCGCUCUUCUUCGAUGCGCACUUUGGGCAGCCUGAGCAGAUCGCUGGAUUUGUGACUGGUUCUUCUGUGGAUGUAAAUUCCAGCAUGAGCUGCAGGGACCAAGAGUCAUCCACAACGAAGCGUGGCGGUAAUUUCAGGAACAAUGAGUGGGAAGCUCCAGAGAGACUCGACUUCCCAUUCGGUUUAGUAGAAGAUUCUUCAGAUGACUGGGAGUGCAACAUACCUUGGGAAUCCUUUCUUAGCCCAACAGUCCCUGCUGAGAUCCCACAGCACUAGAUGCCUAGCCUGCCCUACAAGGAGUGGAA